GCCCCUUUAAGACUUAGGGAUUUGGGAGUGACGCGGAUAUGAAAGCUAGUUUAUCCCUCGUUCCUUCGCUAUGAAAAAUAUUUGGACAAACUAGACUAACUGCUGCUAGCCCUGGUUAAUUGGCAAAUUGUGAUGCUGGUUUACAUCAUUUGUUGAAUGAACCAAAACCGGAGUGCGUAGUGGUAACGACUGAUUUAUCACCUCGGGAUUAUACUUGCCAGGGCCGUCCUCCGAGCUGCUGGGAUAACUUUGGAGAAGUUCUUUGUAUUCGGGAUAGUCAGACAGCUUGGCCAACAAGCUGAACAUGGACUGGGGCACAGAGCUUUGGGACCAAUAUGACAUCAUUGAGAAGCACACACAGUCUGGCCUGGAGCUGGUGGAGAAGUAUGUGAAAUUUGUGAAGGAGAGGACAGAGAUUGAGCAGAACUAUGCCAAACAACUGAGGAACCUUUCAAAGAAAUACAACCUAAAACGAAGCAGCAAAGAUGAGCCAGAGUGCCGAUUGUCCAGCUACCAGUCUUUUUUGGACAUCCUGAAUGAGAUGAACGACUACGCCGGGCAGAGAGAGCUGAUUGCCGAGAACAUGAUGAUGAACAUUUGCAUUGAUCUCACCAAGUACCUGCAAGAGCUCAAGCAGGAGCGAAAGACGUAUCUGAUGGAUGCCAAGAAGGCCCAGCAGAGUUUGGAGAGCACCUACAAACAGCUCGACAGUAGUAAAAAGCGCUUCGAGAGGGAGUGGAGAGAAGCAGAGCGUGCAGCGCAGUAUGCAGAGAAGACCGAUCAAGACAUCAAUGCCACAAAAGCAGACGUUGAAAAAGCCAAACAGCAGGCUCAUAUGAGAGCACAUGUAGCAGAGGAGUGUAAGAACGACUACGCUGCUCAGCUUCAGAAGUACAACAAGGAGCAGAACCAGUUCUAUUUUACUGAUAUGCCACUCAUUUUCAAUAAAUUGCAGGAUCUGGAUGAGAGGCGAGUACGGAAGUUGGCGCAAGGCUACAUCUUGUUCUCAGACACAGAGAAGCAUGUGAUGCCCAUCAUCGGCAAGUGCCUGGAAGGCAUUACUAAAGCCGGCACUAAUGUUAAUGAGAGGAAUGACUCCAUGGUUGUAAUAGAGCAGAACAAGUCAGGCUUUGAGCGUCCUGGAGAUGUGGAGUUUGAGGACUACAGUCAGGGCAUCAACCGAGCCUCAUCUGACAGUAGCCUGGGUACACCUAAAGGCCCCAUGGACCUUCUGGGAAAGAACAGGAGCAAAAACUUUUGGCUUUUCAGCAAAAGGAGUAAGCUCUCUCCCUCCACGCUCCCACCUUUCUCCACACCCCCCGCCCCCUCGCCUGCUAAUGGACCCCCUUCCCCCAAGUUUGGCCGGGACCCCCUGUCGUACUGUUUGAAGGAGAUCAAUAAGACAGUCAAACCCAGAAUCUCUUCCUUCCGGACACUCAGGAGAUCGCCUACAGUGACGGAGGACUUUGCACAUCUUCCCCCAGAGCAACGCAGGAAGAGAUUACAACAGAAACUAGAGGAAAUUUGCAAGGAAUUGCAAAAGGAAGUAGAUCAGAGUGAGGCCCUAGGGAAGAUGAAAGAUGUUUAUGAGAAAAAUCCUCAAAUGGGAGACCCUGCUAGUCUGGCAUCCCAAAUCAGUCAGACAUCCCAGAAUAUAGAGCGGCUCAGAGGAGAACUCAACAAGUAUGAGACUUGGCUGGCUGAAGCAGGAGGCCGAGGGGACACAUUGCGCUAUAAACCUCACACAUUCAACAAUAAUGGAGCUCAUGAUGUACAAAGCCCCGAUGGAGCUCACUCAGAUGAAAGCACUCCUGAUCCAUCUCAAGCCAUCUAUGCAGAGUUUGAUGAUGACUUUGAAGAUGAUGAGCUAGCUGCUCCUAUUGGGAAAUGCACAGCCAUGUACAACUUCCCUGGUGCCAGUGAAGGGACCAUCUCUAUGCAGGAGGGGGAGGUGCUGGCUGUGGUAGAGGAGGACAAGGGGGAUGGCUGGACCCGUGUCCGUAGGAACAAUGGGGAUGAAGGCUACAUACCUACAUCUUAUGUCACUAUCGCCCUAAACAAAUGACAGACACACACAUGAGGAGCAACAGAAGAAGAGAUUAACACUUCACAAAACUGAACGCAGUUCUUCCCAUCGGACCGAUCAUAAAGAGGCCACAGCACUCUGGGCGAGUCCACUGGCGUAUCCAGAAAGGGGUCCAAAUAAUGUGCUUUGAUUUCUUGAGCGAGAUGCCCCAUAUGAGCAGAGGAGUGGUGCUAACAGCAUGUUCUUCAUGGUUCACAUUACAUUAUUGUAAUCCCAGAUACCUUAAGCCACCUAAACCACAAGAUUAUUUUUUGAUAGCAUGUCACGAUAAUUUUUGGGUUUUGGUUUACUUGUGUUGCAUGGAUCUUAGGCACCAUCAUGGUACAAGUGCUUGCCUUAUUCUAUAGCCUAAUAAGGCAUUAGCUUCUGAAUGUGAGGAAGAAAUAGCGGAGGAGGAGGAAGAUGAGUGCUGCUGCCAUUUUUACAAUGAGUGUUAAUACCAGUAAUACCAAGAAGGAGUUUACCUCACCUGUUUACCUAUUUCAGAUAAAAACUGACCUGCUCUGACCCAUGCCAGUGCUCUCCACCGCUGAACGCAGACUAUAAUCUGCUGCAGGUUUAUUUAUCUCAAGCGUGCCACUUUCUGGCUUUAAUAGCACUUGCAAAGAUGUAUGGCACCGUCACUUUGCUCUCCGUUGGACUUGAGAUCUUGAGUGUCCCCAGGGGGGAUGAGUGAGGUUUUUUGGGGGAGAACGCUUCAACUUUUGGGUUUUCAGCAAUUUGUAAGACCAAAGUUGUGGACAGCUCUCCUGUCAUGGUAAAUGCACACAACAGUACAAAUAUUUAAACGUUCUGACAAUCACAGCCAUAUCAUCAUCUAAGUUCAGUCUAUAGCAGUAACAAGGAUAUACAGUAGCUGUUGUUUUGUAAUAGUUGCAACCUGAAAAUUGUACUAAAAAUAAUUUAUUACAAAUGUGUAUGUUCUAUAAAUAAUAUUUUCAAGUUUGACAGAAGUUGUACUUUGUAUUAAGGAUGUUCUCACAUUGUUUUUUCCCCUUGCACACAUAGUGGACAGUUUUAUAGCCACAAAAGGGAGUAAAUAAUGCACACAUAAAAUGUGCUACAUUAAGACUAUUGUAUUUAUGUAAUAAAUAAUAUAUAUUUUAGCUAUCACAACACCACUAUUGUCUUAUUAGCUUUUUAACCAUUCAAAUAAAGAUAGUUACAUUGUGAGAGAAAACUAAGUCUCUUAUCAUGUUGCUGAAUGAUGUUUUGUUUGGAUUUAUUUCACACCUUUUCAAGCUGAUCCACAUUUUAAUUGUUGAGCCAGCAAGAAGUGUCUUCGGUGCCUUUCUGGUUAAAAGCAUUGUGUAUAUACCAUUUUUGCAUAUAAGUUUUUUUUUUUUUUUUCAAGACUUAAUAAAUGCAAAGCACAUUUCAAAGAAGUGGUUACUUCAUUUUUGGACUUGGAGAAUAAAUAUUUGAAACAG